CAAGUUGCAUUCACCAAAACAUUUAUCUCCAAUCAUCACCUCUCUCUUUCUCUCUCUCUCGCUCUCCUUCUCUCGCUCUCCUUCUCUAUAUCUCUCUCAAACACAUGGAUAAAAUAUCAAUCCGAUGCUUUAUCUUCUUAGUUCUCACCAGCUUCGUCACCACUGUUUCGUGUUUGAGUGCAGCGACAGAUUAUAGAGAAGUUGAGGAUGAACACGAAUUCAGCUACGAAUGGAACCAAGAGAACGGGCCAGCGAAAUGGGGAAAGCUAAGACCGGAAUGGAAAAUGUGCGGAAAAGGAGAAAUGCAAUCGCCUAUUGAUCUUAUGAACAAAAGAGUUAGACUUGUUACUCAUCUUAAAAAGCUUACUAGACACUACAAACCUUGUAACGCCACUCUCAAAAAUAGAGGCCAUGAUAUGAUGCUGAAAUUUGGAGAAGAAGGGUCAGGGAGUAUUACGGUCAAUGGAACUGAGUAUAAACUCUUACAGCUUCAUUGGCAUUCUCCCUCUGAACAUACUAUGAAUGGAAGAAGGUGUGCAACAUUCUAUAACAUAAGUAUAUACAUGAAAUGUUUAUAAAAAUUUGAUAUACUACUUUUAUCAACAAAAGGGAGUAGAUACAUUAAAUUGAUAUGAUGGCAUAUAAAAUUUUAAUUAAAUUUGACAUAAAAUUUUAAUCAUUAUUAAUGUACUUUAUAUUUAUAGACAAAAUAAUUUAAUCAAAAAAAUAAAUUUUCUCAUAAAGCGAAAACCACUUUACCGGUUAAAUAUUUAUAACAAAAUUUUGCUCUCAUUUACUCUUGAUUAUAACCCUCUCAAUGUACAUAUCCUUACUUGAGUAUGAAAUGAAAUUAUAUAAUUCAAAAGUUUUUCAAAGUCCACUAUUUUUUUAGUACCAUAACAAUUGUGUAUUAUUUUCAUAUUCUUAUUAAAAGCAGUUCAUAUUUUGGUUCUGUUUUUUACCAACUAAAAUUCAUCUCUAUAAAUAUAAAUUUGGACCUAAUCAAGAUUUAAGCAAUACCAUAAUAGUUGGGACCAAUAUCAAUACUAUAACUUAAUAUAAUACAAACUAACUUUAUUCUAAAGAUAAUUUAGAAACUUUUAAAAAACAUCUCAUAUGAGUAAAAAAUAACUCAUCUCAUAUGACUUGAACUAAUUAUCAAAAAAAAUCUCAUAUGAAUUAAACUACGAAAAAUAAAAAAUAUAAUAUAGAUACAAGAAAAGUUGUUUUCCGUUGCGAGUACUUAGUAUACAUCAAGACGACAAGACUUUAUAAUUUAAACUUUUUGCAUUAAAAAUCGUUGAUGCUAUUUAAAAGGUUAGCUGUUUUUUUUAGUAAGUACUUAGUUCACAUCAAGACUUUAAUUGAAACUUAUUACAAUUAUGAAUAUCUAGAUAAUAAAAGAAUAGUUUUGCUAUUUUUGAUUAUUUGUAGAAAGAAUAUAUAUUACAAACUUAAGAUGUCGAAACCAUACUUUUAAUCUAUCUCUGAACCAUAAAACUUUGUAGAUAUAGAAAACAAAAUGUUCUUUCUUGUGUUGAUAAUUGUUUGAUAUUGGAGCCAUUUAUACCUACAAGAAAAUCUUAUAGAACAAAAAUACAUUAACAUAUACACAACACAUUUUGAGGCAUUAACAGACCCAGGCCAUGUUAAUAACAUUUUAUGUUAUUCUAUGGAUUCGCAGAUCAAGAUAAAUUGAAAACUGCCAUUUUUAGUCUAGUUUAGGAUUCUCCUAUUUAAAUAUGAAAAAUGAUGGCAUAAAUAAUUACUACAAAAAAAAAUCCAAUUUUAAUAGUUUUAAUUAUAGUGUUGAAUUUAUAUAUAUUAUCUAUUUGAUCUAAAUGUUUAAUUGACACAUUAUUUCUUAAUCUAGUUACUUAAAAGUUAUGCUAUUUGUCGAGGUUUAAAAAAAAAAUUAACUUUUGAUAAAUUAAUGGCAUAGAAUCUUAUAGUAUGCAAAUUAAAAGUUACUUUCAAUUUUUACAUUCCAGUUAAUAUAUAUAGAGUAUAUGGUAAAUAAUAAAUGGCAGGUUUGCUCUCGAGCUACACAUGGUUCACGAAAACAUUAACGGAAGUUUGGCUGUAGUCACAGUCCUCUACAAAAUCGGAAGGCCAGAUUCUUUUCUCGGAUUGCUGGAAAAUAAAUUGUCGGCAAUUACAGAUCAAAAUGAGGCGGAGAAAUAUGUAGAUGUGAUUGACCCAAGGGAUAUUAAGAUUGGGAGCAGAAAAUUUUAUAGAUACAUUGGAUCACUUACUACUCCUCCUUGUACGCAAAAUGUUAUUUGGACCGUCGUUAAAAAGGUAAGGACUGUGACGAAAAACCAAGUGAAGCUACUCAGAGUGGCGGUUCACGAUGUAAGUUUUACUUAAAUAAUUUACUUAGUGAAUUUCACAACUAUACUAUAUCUUAGAAGUUGAAUGUAUAUUAUAUUUGUUUAUUAUCAAAAAUGUAAAUAUGAUUGAAAAAUAAAUUUGCAGAAUUCAGACACAAAUGCGAGACCAGUUCAACCUACAAAUAAGCGCGUGGUAAAGUUAUACAAACCAAAAUCACUAUGAAUCAAGGCGUCACAUGAAUCAAAUACAAUUAAUUUAUUUCAAUUUUUUACAACCACAGUGUACUAUUUAUUUAAUUUUUUUGUUCACCAAAGUUUUUAUAUAUAACACGAAAAAUAUAUGAUGUAUGUGUUUUCCUGAGUAUCCUAUGGUGUCCCAUCUUCCUCCUGUAGUUUCAAGAUCUUCAAUCCAAUCUAAUUCAAAUAUAAAAUGAUUACUUUCAAGUUUCAAAGAAUAUGUGUAUUAUGAAUGUGUAAAUU